AUGGCUGCACAGACAACUACCGAGACCAGAAACCAUGAUGAAUACACUGUGGGAUGGGUCUGCGCUCUGUCCAAGGAGCAGACCGCGGCGACGGCGAUGCUCGAUCAAAGACAUACCGAUCUCCCGAAACCGCCAAAUGACCCCAACGCAUACACCCUGGGGUCUAUCGGCAAGCAUAAUAUUGUCAUAGCCUGCUUGCCCGAAGGCGAGAUCGGCACCCAUGCAGCGGCGACCAUCGCGACUUGGAUGAUUUCCACUUUUCCACUCAUUAAGAUCGGCUUGAUGGUUGGUAUCGGCGGAGGCAUCCCACCCAAGGUUCGACUUGGCGAUGUCGUCGUCAGCACACCCGCGGGCCAGUAUCCUGGUGUAGUUCAAUGGGACUUCGGCAAGGCAGAGGAAGGCGGCAACUUCAAGCGGACCGGAUCGCUGAACAACCCACCUACCUCCCUCCGCACGGCUUUGACGAAACUGAAGACGGAGAAUGAGUUGAACGGUUCCAAGAUACCCAAGUAUCUGGACGAGCUGAAACAGAAAUGGCCACGACUGGCGCCGAAGUAUCUGAGAACCGAGUCGCUCGAGGAUGUGUUAUUCAAAGCCGAUUACGGCCACGUCAGCGAGAACACCACGAAUUGCGACGUUACCCCGGAUAGUGACGACGGAGAAGAGGAAGAAGCGGAAGAAGAGAGCUGCAAAUUCUGUGAUAGGGCUAAGAUUGUGAAGCGGAAGAUUAGGGAUAUGCGCAUACAUUACGGUCUCAUCGCAUCUGGGCACCGGGUCAUCAAGGAUGCUUCCUUCCGAAACAGACUUAAAAAGGACCUUGAUGGCCAUGUCCUCUGUGUGGAAAUGGAAGCGGCGGGAUUGAUGAACAACUUCCCGUGCAUCGUCAUCCGAGGCAUCUGCGAUUACGCGGACUCGCACAAGAAUAAAGACUGGCAGGAGCAUGCUGCGGCUGUGGCUGCAGCAUUUGCGAAGGAACUUCUGGAAAUAUGGCUAAUAAUAAAUACAGUUCUUGAUGAUACAUCCGCAAUUCGAGAAAACACCACACAUACCCGGGCCAAGUUGGACAGAAAGGAAGAUGUUGAGAUUCUUGAUUGGCUCACGCCCAUCGACUACGGCCCACAGCAAAGCGACUACUUUAGCACACGGCAGCCAGCAACCGGGAAUUGGCUCCUUCAGUCGAAAGAGUUCCUGGACUGGCUAGCUGCGAGCAAGCAGACGCUAUUCUGCCCGGGCAUGCCUGGCGCUGGAAAGACGAUCCUAACGUCAAUCGUAGUCGAUUCCCUCAAUUCAAAGUUUGACAACGACUCAGAGAUCGGCAUCGCGUACAUCUACUGCAACUUCCGGCGGCAACACGAGCAGAAGAUUGGUGACCUGCUGGCGAGUGUGCUGAAGCAGCUGACUCAAUGCCGGUCUUCCCUGCCAGAUAGCGUUAACAGUCUUUACGAUUCGCACAAGACCAAACGAACGCGGCCAUCCGUCGAUGAAAUCUUAGGACUCCUUCAGUCCGUGGCGGCGAUGCAUUCGAGAGUCUUCAUUAUCAUUGACGCACUUGACGAAUGCCUAGCAUCCGAUGGAUGCCGGACGAGGUUCCUCUCGGAGCUUUUUAACCUGCAGACAAGGCAUGGGAUAAACAUUUUUGCGACGUCGAGAUUCAUUCCGGAGAUCAUGGAUCGCUUCGAAACCAGCCUAUCAAUAGAGAUUCGUGCAAGCCCCGACGAUGUGGCAAGAUACCUCGAAGGUCAUAUAGAGCAGCUACCAUCUUUCGUCCAGCAUGACCGACAGCUGCAAGAAGAGAUUACGACGGGCAUCUCAGAAGCUGUCGAUGGAAUCACAAUGGAGACCUUCCAGAAGCAUAGUCAACGAUCAGGCGAAGAUCAGAAGGUUCAAGUCCUAGCUCGUGCGUACGGACAAGCUAUGGAGAGAAUUAACGGACAGAUGCCAGGAAAGAAGGAACUUGCGAUGAAGGUCCUGUCAUGGAUCGCGUGCGCAAAGAGACAGCUUACUACAUCAGAACUUCAGCAUGCCCUCGCAACAAAGACGGGAAAGUCUGAGCUUGACCAUGGGGACCUGACACACAUCGGAGACAUGGUCUCUGUAUGCGCUGGACUGGUAACGGUCGACGAAGAGAGCAGUAUCAUCCGGCUGGUUCACUAUACAACGCAAGAAUACCUCAAGCGGACACGGGAACGAUGGUUUCGGGACCCAGAAUCUGUAAUCGCGACAACCUGCGUUACCUACCUCUCAUUCAUUGUCUUUGAGACCGGAUUCUGUGAAACGGACCGUAAGUUUGAAGAGCGAUUGCGGUCAAGUCCGUUCUACGAUUAUGCCGCGCACAACUGGGGUCAUCAUGCUCGCAAGGAUGUAACAUCAAGUCAAGUGGUCAUCAACUUUCUCAAGAGUCAAGCUAAGGUCGAGGCAUCGUAUCAAGCGCUGAUGGCAGCCAAGCAACUCUCAUCUUAUACAAAUUACAGUCAACGCCUGCCAAGGAAAAUGACGGGACUACAUCUGGCAUGUUUGUUUGGAUUAAGCAAGGCCGCAGAUACACUACUUAGACUCGAAUACAGUCCAUAUCUGGAGGAUACUUACAGACGUACGCCUCUGUGGUAUGCUGCCCAGAACGGACACAAGGCCGUCGUCGAGCUGCUACUAGCAGCGGGAGCUGAUGUUAAUGCUGCUGCUGCUAGUGAGCAUGGACGGACUGCGCUCGAGGCAGCAGCUGAGGGAGGCCAUCUUAAGGUUAUUGAGAAGCUGCUAGCAGCAGGAGCCGAUGUUAAUGCUGCUGCUGCUAGUAAGCAUGGACGGACUGCGCUCCAGGCAGCAGCUGAGGGAGGCCAUCUUAAGGUUAUUGAGAAGCUGCUAGCAGCAGGAGCCGAUGCUAAUGCUGCUGCGCUCCAGGCAGCAGCUAAGGAAGGCUAUCUUGAGGUUAUUGAGAAGCUGCUAGUAGCGGGAGCUGAUGUUAAUGCUGCUGCUGCUAGUGAGUAUGGACGGACUGCGCUCCAGGCAGCAGCUGAAGGAGGUCAUCUUGAGGUUGUUGAGAAGCUGCUAGCAGCAGGAGCCGAUGUUAAUGCUGCUGCUGCUAGUGAGUAUGAAUGGACUGCGCUCCAGGUAGCAGCUUGGGGAGGUCAUCUUGAGGUUGUUAAGAAGCUGCUAGCAGUGGGAGCUGAUGUUAAUGCUGCUGCUGCUAGUGAGAAUGGACAGACUGCGCUUGAGGCAGCAGCUUGGGGAGGUCAUCUUGAGGUUGUUGAGAAGCUGCUAGCAGCAGGAGCUGAUGUUAAUGCUGCUGCUGCUAGUGAGUAUGAAUGGAAUGCGCUCCAGGCAGCAGCUGAAGGAGGUUAUCUUGAGGUUGUUGAGAAGCUGCUAGCAGCGGGAGCUGAUGUUAAUGCUGCUGCUGCUAGUGUGUAUGGACGGACUGCGCUCCAGGCAGCAUCUGGGGGAGGUCAUCUUGAGGUUAUUAAGAAGCUGCUAGCAGCGGGAGCUGAUGUUAAUGCUGCUGCUGCUAGUGAGGAUGGACGGACUGCGCUCCAGGCAGCAGCUGAAGGAGGUCAUCUUGAGGUUAUUGAGAAGCUGCUAGCAGCGGGAGCCGAUGCUAAUGCUGCUGCUGCAAGGAUGGACGGACUGCGCUCCAGGCAGCAGCUGAAGGAGGUCAUCUUGAGGUUAUUGAGAAGCUGCUAG